UAGCCAGGGGAGCAGUGAUUGGCUGAGGCGGGAAAGUGCCGCCGCCUCCGCGGUUUCACUUUCGAUUUCGUCCCGUUGGCGGAGGCUGGACUUGUGGGGCUCCUAGAGCGGGCAUUCCUGGUCCCAGCCACGAGAUGAGGAGCCUGAGGCCUUGAGAGGUGAAAUGAUGAGUUACCCGAGGCGCACGGCUAAUUAAGUAGCAGAGCUGGCAUUAGAACUCAGGUGUCCUGCCUCCCAAAUUUCUGAUCAGGAUUGUUACAAUGAGUCUACGGAAGCAAACUCCCAGUGACUUCUUAAAGCAAAUCAUUGGACGACCAGUGGUGGUAAAACUAAAUUCUGGAGUGGAUUAUCGAGGGGUCCUGGCUUGUCUGGAUGGCUACAUGAAUAUAGCCUUGGAGCAGACAGAAGAAUAUGUAAAUGGACAGCUGAAGAAUAAGUAUGGGGAUGCAUUUAUCCGAGGAAACAACGUGUUAUACAUAAGCACACAGAAGAGAAGGAUGUGAAGGCAUCAAGCUUACAGCACUCUUCAGACCUGGAUAUAUUUUUUUAUGAGAUCUUUUUGGUUCUUUUAUAUAAUUUGUCAUAUUUCAUAAUAAUUGGUGAUUUUUCAGUUAUUAAGUAGAAACAGUAAUAAUUGGUGAUUUUUCACUGACAUGUGAGUAAGAUAAAUGUAUAAAGUUGUGGAUUUAAUUGUAAAGAAUUCUUUCAUAUUUAAGUGUCAGUCAUUUUUUUUUUUUUUUUUUUUACCUCUGUGUCUGCAGGAUGCAAAAAGAAUUAAAAAAAGAAAAA